AAUGGUCCCCCGGUUUGGGUGAACGUGACUACAGGGCUGUCAACACAAACAAGUGAUGAUCGAGAGUUCGAGACCUAUAUAUGGCACGACUGGAGCGCUCGAGAACUAACCAAAGCUCGAGCCCUCACACUCGCAGUGUUCACAACUCUUUUAGAAAUGACCGCAAGAUCUAAAGUGUUGUCCAACUGGUCGUCCAGUCUUAUAGACGCCGAACCGCCGGUUCUUCAGACAACGCCUCAACCGAUGCUUAACAGGUCGGCCACCGCUUCGGCGAAGAGCAACAGAUCCGCCGACAAGUCUGACCGAAGAGUAUCGCCCAAAAGCGCCGACAAGAAGACCGACGAGAAUUGGUUGAAACAUAAGAAUAGAGAUAAUAUGAAAUCGAAGACAAGAAGCGAAACGCCGGUGAAGAGUGGCAUCACUUUGAGACCAAACAGAGCCGCCGAAGUGAUACAAAGUCCAGACAAACCAAAUACAGUCCAAAAAGACAAACAAUUGGAUAACAAUUUGAAUACUUUUUCGACUAAAUUAAGAAAACAUUCAAACAAUUCAAAUGGCAAUUCAGAGACGGCUAAUGAAGUGACCACUAAUGCUGCGAAACAAGCCGUGAGAGGCACCAAAAGUAAUGCCAAAGAAGUGAAGAUAAAUGUGAUGGAAAGCGAUGAGUCAAUGGAAGAGAUGGAUGUGUCGGACGAUAAUGGGAUCUGUAUUAACAAGGAUUGCAAUCAAGAGAUAAACAAGUUUUAUAUAUUUGAAGGCAAAUUCUGUUCGUCGGUCUGCGCUGUCCGGCAAUGGACUCAAAACUUCCACAACAAUUGGGGUCAGAAGAAGACUUAAUUAAUACAUUUUAAACACAUUUUACACUUUAAUAUUCAUUGCGUCCAAUCAUACAAUCAAAGCCUGCAUUUCAUUCAUUCAUUUUUACAUUUUUAAUUAUGAAUUUUAAUAUGAAUUUACAUUUUAAUCACUUUACAACUGAACCCAAGUCCACAUCCCAUUGCUGUACCGCAAGAGAGGCCACUCUUGCAUACAAUGGAUUCACAAUGCAAUCAAUUAAUAAUUAGAUGAACUGCCAGU